AUGUCUCGUCGGACAUCGACCAUGGCAUCGAGCGAUGCCUCCAACAGCGGUGUCCCACCUUCAGGUGAUGGAGGCCAGGCGAAGCAGAAAAUGCUGCUUUCCGAGGAUCAUGGGCAUUUCAGCAUGGUGAAGGCCAUGCAUCUCGCUGAUCUGAUUACUGAAAUGAAUGUCAUGUCAGUCUUUUCGUCCAUGCGCUACUGUCUUGGAGACCCAACUGAAUACGGGGCCAUCUGGGCUGCCCUCGCAUUUAUGCCGUUCGGUCUGUUCUUCGACUUUAUGGAUGGCAAAGUCGCAAGAUGGCGCAAGAAGUCGUCUCUCAUGGGACAAGAACUCGACUCGCUAGCGGACUUGAUCUCCUUCGGUCUCGCUCCCGCCGCUGCUGCAUUCGCUCUUGGUAUCCGGACCUCGCUUGAUCACGUCUUCCUCACCUUCUUCGUUCUCUGCGGUCUUACCCGCCUCGCUCGGUUCAACGUGACUGUAGCCGUACUCCCUAAGGACCAGACUGGCAAAUCCAAGUACUUCGAAGGCACACCUAUUCCGACCACUCUGUCAAUUGCCUCCCUUAUGGCCUACUGGGUCUCUCAAAGCUGGACGCACGAGAACCUCCCUCUUGGUCUUGUCGCAGAAGGUACCAUCUUCGAAUUCCACCCUGUGGUCCUGCUGUUCGUUCUGCAUGGAUGCAUGAUGAUCAGCAAGACGAUACACAUUCCUAAGCCAUGAGCUCAACCCAAAUUUGGCCGCGCAUUUACUGUUGGAAAAAGAAUGCCCGAGUCUGUUGUCUCUCUCAACUUGGACAACU